AAAAAAAGAGCGAGGGUGGAGGAAAUUGCGGAGACCACAGAAGAGGACGGUUGCAAACAGGUCUGCUGUGAGAUGGAAGUAAAAAUGCCUCGUGUUUAAGAGUCUGCUGAAGUUUCACAGUAAUCGCAAAAUGGCAAGACAGUACUCAUUGAAAAGACAAAUACUACCACAGCGGAUUUACUGGAUUUGCCUGAUUGUUUUAAACAAUGUGGCGCUCAACAUAGAGGCAAACGAUUUAAAUUGCAUUGUCUACAAUGAGGAAUUUAUGGAGUGUAGAUGGAACCAUACUGAAGGGAAACCAAACAGAACUCUGUUUUAUUGGUAUAACUCAAACCCACCGGAGGAAUGUGGGAACUACAUCCAAGAAAAUGGCUAUAAUAUUGGUUGCUAUUUCUCAAAAGAUAAAAUUAUCGAAUUUGAAAACUUUUACGUUUACACAAAUGGAUCCAGUGACUCAGAAAAUAUAUCAUCUGUGCACAACACCUUCCAGCUGCAGAACCAAGUGAAAGUCUACCCUCCUACAAACAUGACGCUGAAUAUGACUGAAAACAACGAGCUCCUUUUGAGCUGGGAAACACCAGCCAAGUUACUGAAAUGUCGAAUGUAUGAAAUCAGGCACCGCAGUAAUAAGGAUAAAGACUGGCAGUCACAAGUCAUCACUGCACAAACAAAGUACGUUUUGUCAAGUGUAGAUCCAGAGAAAUUCUACACUUUUCAAGUGCGAAGUAAGAUUAACCAGUAUUGUGCAAAUACUAAGCUGUGGAGUGAGUGGAGCCCAGCUGUUCACUGGGGAAAAGAUCCCGUCCAGCCAGAGGGUUCAGCAGGUCUCCGUACUAUAAUUACUGUGGUUUCACUUCUUGGAUUAAUUUUACUUGUUAUUUUUGUCACAAAGAAUGAACGGUUGAAGGUGAUAAUCAUCCCAAAAAUACCCAAUCCAGGCAGAAGUUUUGAUCCUUUGUUCAACAAUUACAAUGGCAACUUUCAGGACUGGCUUGGUGUCCCAAAGGAUGCAUUGGAAGGUUUCAAAUCAACCUACCAUGAGAAUGUGUGUAUUGUGACCGAGUCACCAGUCAAUCCUUCCCAGACCGGUGUCCAUGGAGGGUCAUACGAGCAAAGUGGAAUGACACAGAUCCCAGGAAAACUUCCUAUUCUUGCUACGAAGGGAGAGAUUCAACCAAAAAGCACCUCUCCUGCACUGCUGUUUUCUGAUAUUGCCGUUUUUGUAGAGAGCAGUAGGUACGCCAUUAAUGAAAACAUCUAUGUCAGAGUCUAACAUUUGCCAUAUUGCAAGCCUGUAUGACACUGAAGAAAAUUCAAUAAUAGUGGCACAUAAUCCUGAACUAUUCCAUAGGUCUUUCAGGAAUAAAAUACCCAAAAUGUUACACCUCACAACAAUCUCCACAGAGAAACCAAAAUGAAAAUACAACUACUCUGUUAGGAUAUGAAUUAGAAACGCUCCCCUUUCUGUUUCAUAAGUGAAUCACUUCUUGAGCUUUUCUGAUAUUUUUGUUUAUAUUUCAGUUUCAUUGCAAACUGUGUAUUUUUUAAAGUCUUUCAAGCAUAUGUAGAAAACCGGGCAAGAGAAAAAGUUAACAUUUCAAUUUGAUAUCUUUUAGCUUUAUUUGACUCUCCACAGCUGCUGUCUGACCUAUUGAAUGUCUGCAUCACUUUCAGUAUUUAUUUCAGACUUCCAGACUCCAUAAUAUUCUGCUUUACUUUUGCCUUACAUAUAAAUCCUUAUUUCAAGUUUGAUUUCUCAGUGAGAUGUGGCUGGAGAGGAGUAGUUGUCUUAGGGUGUAAUAGUUGGAAAUUGAAGCUGCUCCUCAUUCCCCAUCCAGUUAAUUUAAUGAUUGAUUAGGGACUGAGAGUCAACUGCUUAGUGCAAUGUUAACUGUCACUCCCAUUACUUGCUGAGAUCUUCCUUUUGGACAUUUAUACAUUUGGCUUCAAAACACUGCUAUUUUGUGUAACUAUAGAUUAGACAAAAUAUUUAAUAAGAAUGUAGAAGUGGACUUUUCAAAACUGCAUUUGACCUUUCCUGGUAUAAUAAUACUGAAAUCAAGACUGUGAUGGAUUACUGCAAAAUAGCAAAUAAUAAGAGUUCUUCAAUGAUGCAUCAUGUCCCAUAAGUUGUGAUGUCUUCAGCUGUGAGAAAAUAUAAAAGAACUAAGUACAAUCAUUUUGUAUGAUCUAUGGGUGUGUGAUGAUCUUAAUACAACUUAUGUAUAUUUUUGCUAUUCUUGUGUAAUACACAUAUGAGACUGAUCUGAAGGUGUUUCUGUUUUUGUUUUUGCCUUCUUUGUUCCAUAUUAUGUUGAAGCUAUAGCAUCACCAAGUCUGGCUGAGGAGCAUAGCAGUGAGCAAGAAAUAUCCAGAGGCAGAGAAAGAGAGAGAGAGCCGGCAGCAGCCUGAACAUUGUAACACGGGAGCAUUUGAUUGUUAUUGUUUAGUGAUGCCAAAAGUGACUUGUACCAGGCUGUUGCACAUUUUUAACACGCAGUUUGAUGAUUAAUUAGCAAAUGCUUUACGUAUAUUAUUAUUCUGUCAUCAGCUUACCUUUAAAACCAUGUGCAUGCUUUUGAAGUAACUUAAUUUGGAUAUGGACUAGAAUUAUGAAAUGUUUCAGAAAUGUUUUAAAUGGAUAAACCAUUACUUAAACUCAA